AUGCUUCAGGGCUCUUCAGAAUGGAAUUUUCUCGAAAUUAAAGUUGUAUCUUGUGGAGUAUUGGAGUUUUGGAUAUUCGUUAAGAUCGCGUGGAAGUAUACAAAUGCGUGGCUGGUUGGUAAUUCCCUCUGCAAAUUGCUGUUAGUGUUAAGGGCGUUUGGCCUUUAUUUAUCUUCCAACGUGCUCGUUUGUAUAUCUGUUGAUAGGUUCUUCGCGGUGCUGUAUCCCCUGAGGCUGCCGGUGGCCAGGCGACGCAGUAAACAGAUGCUGUACUGCGCAUGGGCAGUUGCGUUGGCAUGUAGUUUACCACAGAGCAUAGUAUUCAGAGUGAAGAGGCAUCCAAGAGUGGCGGGGUUUGAGCAGUGCGUGUCGUUUGAUGCGUUCAGCAGCUACCAUCAGGAGGUGGCUUACAACGUGUUCUGCAUCUGCGCGAUGUACUUCGUGCCUCUCGUGGUCAUCACAGUCUGUUACGUCUGCAUAUUCUGCGAGAUACACCGCAGCAGUAAAGAACUUGAUGAAAAAUGCGUUCAUCGGAACGGCAUAAGUCACGUGCGCCUGCGCCGUUCAGGGCGGAGAGUGUUGGAGCGCGCCCGGCGGCGGACGCUGCGUAUGACGGUCACCAUUGUUGCUGUUUUCGCACUCUGCUGGCUACCAUACGCCACUAUGGCCAUGUGGUAUAUGAUAGACCGUGAGUCAGCAAGUCGCGUAUCACCGCGUGUUCAAGAUUUACUGUUCGCGAUGGCAGUUUCUAACUCAUGCAUGAACCCGUUAGUCUAUGGAUCUUACACGCUGGACCUUCGCGGUGCUUUCAGGAGGCUACUGAAGAAUACUUGCUGCAGGUCGACUGCUGCGUCGGAUACCAUUGGUAACUCUGGAUCAAGUUCGACAAAGAAGAAUGCCAAUUUAGAGACCCCGCUAGUGAAGCCAUCGAAGAAUGGUAGAGUCCGGACAAGACUGGGCGUCCGGUUCGCAGAGACAUCACUAACCGCAGUCCCGGACCGGCCCGAGCCACGUCCACGAGCGCCGGCCUGACGGCCGCCACCGCGGCUGGUGUGCGCGCGCCACGAGCGAUGCCGCGUGCUGCACGAGUAUUACCGCGACAGGACCUCGUCCGCGCCCACCCUUAUGUAGUGUAGUGUGGAGUGGCCGCACACGCGCCGGUCGACCGCCGGGGACCGGACCGGCGCCGGGACCAUGCUGCCGAGCGCUGCCCGGAUUGUGAUAUGACUUAGUGAUGUGUUGUGAAUUAAGCGCUAUCCACACUUAUCCGUGCGGACACGUUGGAAUCCGUGCGAUACCCAUUUUAGAAUAUAAAUACUAUGUAUAACCUCUCAUUUGCGGAGCAGCCAAUUAUUGGACUUUCUUUCAACUGUUAGCUGUCAAAACGUUAGCUUUUUACUUAGCCUGUGAAUUUACUUAAAAAAGUUUGUGUAAACCGCACAAAAAGUGGUCAGACGUUAAUAAAAUUAUAUAUAAACUGUAUAAGAUCGCGAUAUUUCGGAAAUUAUAAUUAUUAAAUUCAAUGCUGCAAGCGUUGCCUUUGGGCCGAGUACGAUUGGAUACCAUUCUAAUUGCUCAUUGUCAUGUCAGUUAUUUUUUUG